CGUUGAUAUCAGUAGGAUUGUCUCGACCGUCGUGCUUCUCUGCCUCAUUCAAAAUGUACGCUGCUACCGCCCUCCGCGCCAGAAUGGCCACCUCCUUCGUUGCCCGUCGUGGCUUUUCCACCACCCGCGCUCAGCUCGGUAGCCCUUACCACUACGCCGAGGGCCCUCGCUCCAACAUUCCCUUCAACCCCCUGACCAAGUACUUCUUCUGGAGAUACUGGGCUUUCAUGGUCACCGGUUUCGGUGCCCCCUUCGCCAUUGCUGGUAUGUUGCCAUUCGUCUUGCGGCAGUUUACGUUCGUCUAUCUAACCCAUUUAUUCCUACAGUCUGGCAGACCUACAAGACCCGCUAAACGCUCUCUCGUGCUGUAUUUCCACAUGCAAUGGCAUUGUUGGGCAUUGGCGGCUGGUCGAAAAUGUAUCCUACGUUGGAAGCGCUCGGAAUUUGUGUAUAAAGCUAGAGAAUUUAUUAUGCUCUGAUUCAGGAAAUUCCCGGGGUAAAAUUCACGCCAAAAACAUCUGUAGUUGGGGGACGAAGCGCGGUGUGGUGGUGGUUGUCUGAUGCCUUAUUAGAAUAUGGAUGAAGUCAUUGGUCGAUUUUUUGUCAGUAGGAAAAUUAAAAUCUUUGGCUCGGCUUCUGAUAUGAUAUUGUUCGCAAUUC